AAAGCCCCGCCUCCUGCGCCGGGAUUGGCCAGUCGGAGCGGUUUAGUGGCCUCCGAUUGGAUUAGAUCGCAAGUCAAUCACGUAGCGAUGGCCUCACGUCAAAGAAUCCAACGUAAAUAAAGCGAGAGAAUUAAACGAACGCGCUGUUGUAAGUUUAACGUACACUUUAUUUAGCUCUGAAGGUGAAUAUUAAUGCAUUAACGCUUCAUUAAUGUCAAAUGUCAUGAAACUUGAAACGUCAGCCUGGGGGCGGGGCUUGAGGUCUCGUGUACUGCACCGUGCUGCCGUUUGAGUGUUUUGCUCGACUGCGACGAUCAGGGCGUCUCACCGACGACACGCAGCCAGAACGCGGUAAAACGCUGUUAAACGGUUCAGUGAACGCUGUUUUAACGCUUCAUAUCCACCGGAUCCGAGGAGGGCUGCAGAUAGAGCUUGUGUUCAUCAUCUCUGGGGAUUCCCGGAUGAAGUCACGGCCAGCGCGAGACGCAAGCUCAGACGGUGGAACAGGAUGAGCACGAGGCUGAAGGAUGAAGGUCACAUGAGAGGCAUGGCCAGAUUUAAACACAAAAGGAUGGACAAGUCCAAGCCAGAGUCUGAGAGGGACUCGGGCUUCUCAGACGGUGGCUCUGAGCAUCUGAGUGCGGUGGAUCAGACGGACACAGACGAUGCGUCGCAGUCCUCCUCCAGAUCAUCGCAGCUGACCGCGGUGGUUGGUGGAGCUCUGCAGGGCCUCUCGCCAAUGAUCUUCAUGAACAACGUGGUUCUAAAGCAGUCUGUUGAAAACCCUUCGUCUUUGAAGCCCUGGGCCUUCAGUCCGGCGAUGGAGGUGGUUCCGCAGCCUCAGGUGGUCUUCCUUCAACCCGUCGUCCCGCAAAGAUCCACCCUGCUGCCGAAGGGACCCCUGUCUAAACGCCGGCGGCACAGAAAGUACCUCCCUAUCCUCAAAUCCUACCCCAAAAUCGCUCCUCAUCCCGGAGAUGCGCCGCCUAAGAGCCGCAGCAGCUCCUCUUCCUCAGUCAAGAGCUCGUCUUCCUCUGACGGUCAGAAAGAUUCGUCCGAGUCGUAUACAACCGACACCGAACAGAGGCCCGAAUCCACGGACGGCUCCCUGCGGACGCUGGCGUCUAAUGCAUGCUCCGAUGAUACGGACAACAAGAUAAAGCGCUUCUGCAACACCUACAACAUCCUCAGUAAUUCGGGCUUGCUGGACAUCACGCUGCGCACGAAAGAGUUGAUCCGGCAGAACCGCCGGACGCAGACGGAGCUGGAUCGCCUGCGUGAACACACCAACCUGUUCAUGGAAGGGCUGCAGACGGGAGACUCGGCGAUCUGGAGCAAGCUGCAGACGAGCAUGCAAGAGGAGGACAAAGGGAAAGACAGGACGCCGCGUGACGAAAAGAACCUGAAGUGAGACGAAGACACGAUGCACCUUUCGUUGGCGUUUUAUAAACGUGCAACUUUUGUCUGACUACAAUACCAGUCAGAAGUUUUUGAACGGUAAGAUUUUUAAUGUUUUUUUAAAGAAGUCUCUUCUGCUCACUAAGCCUGCAUUUAUUUGAUCCAAAAUACAGCAAAAGCAGUAAUAUUGUGAAAUUAUAGAAAUUAAUACUUUUAUUUAGCAAGGAUGCCUUAAAUUGGUCAAAAGUGAGGAAGAAGAAAUUUAAAAUGUUACAAAAGAUUUCUAUUCCAGAUAAAUACUGUUCUUCUGAUCUUUCUAUUCAUCAAAGAAACCUGAAAAAACUCUACUCAGCUGUUUUCAGCAUUAAUAAUAAAUGUUUCUUGAGCAGAAAAUCAGCAUAUUAGAGUGAUUUCUGAAGACUGGAGUAAUGAUGCUGAAAAUACAGCUGCGAAUCACAGAAAUAAAUUACAUUUUUAAAUAUAUUUAAAUAGAAAACAAUUAUUUGAAAUAGUAAAAAUAUUUCACCAUUUUACUGUUUUAAUGUACUUUGGAUCAAAUAAAUGCAGGCUUGGUGAGCAGAAGAGACUUCUUUAAAAAAACAUUAAAAAUCUUACUGUUCAAAAACUUUUUUGACUGGUAGUGUAUAUCUUAAGGUCAAAACAAUGCCGAUGUUGUCCAGACUAUAUGGAUAUGCGUUCGCUCUUUAAUAAGCUUCAGCCUUAACCUAGUUCAGUGCAUAAGCUCUUUACACUCCUGCUGUCAUUUUCACCUGUUGUUUCACAGUUUUGGAUGAAUGAAUGUGGACUCUCAAACAGAAACAUUAAUGUUAGGCCUCAUUUAUAAAGCACAAGAGCAGAUUCUGUCUCAAAACUAGCUGCAGACCUACGGUAGAGCGUAUUUUUGGGUAUCACAGAAUGAGACUAUGCCCAAAAACACCGUUUAAGUAUGUGGCACAGCCGUUUCAUUUCUCAAAGCAAUUAUGAGUAAUAAUGAAAAAAUAGAUUAUUACAGACUGUCAAAUGUAGGAUAGGCUGCAGCUCUUCCCAUGGUCUGACACGAUUCUCCAUCAUGACUCUGUGAUUUUAGGAAGUCAUGUUGGAUCUUGUCCUUAAAAAAACAAAAACAUCAGAAUGAAUCUGUUUUUUCUGAGAUGCACAAUGUCCAGCUCAGAUUUCACCCCCAAAUCAGAAGAAAACUAAAUAAGAUUUAAGAUUUGUCAAAGAAAACGCUGUCUGUUUUAGGACCGUUAAGGAAAGACACUACAAGUGAACAAGGUUUUAACUAAUUCAAAUGUGUAUGUCUUAAGUAGUUAUAAAAGUAGUAGUAGUACUUUAGUAAUCAGACGAAUGAUUUGAUUGAAGUUGUAUGAAAUGUUAUGUUUAAAUAUACAUUAUUAUAAGUAAAUGUGCUAAUUUGAUAUUGAAGAUAUUUUGUAAAUUUCCUAGUGUACAUAUACCAAAACUUAAUUAUUGAUUAGUAAUAUGCAUUGCUAAGAACUUUAUUUGAACAACUUUAAAGGUGAUUUUCUCAAUAUUUAGAUUUUUUUGCUCCCUCAGAUUCCAGAUUUUCAGCCAAAUAUUGUCAAAUCCUAACAAACCAUACAUCAAUGGAAAGAUUAUUUAUUCAGCUUUCACAUGAUGUAUAAAUCUCAAUUUCGAAAAAUUGACCCUUAUGACUUGUUUUGUGCUCCAGGGUCACAUAUAAACAAACCCCUCAGUAAAAACCUUCAGAAUAUAGAUAGAAGUAAAACUGAAAGUUUUGAUGCAUGUAAAUGCUGCUGAAGUGAAAAAAAAAAACAGCUUAUUUUGAGAAAACGGCCUGAAAUUUACAGGCCCAAAUAGAUAAAGUGUAAAAAAUAAAACCAGGCGAAUGAUAUAUGAUCAAACCCCUCAGUAAAAACCUUCAGAAUAUAGAUAGAAAUAAAACUGUAAGUUUUGAUGCAUGUAAAUGCUGCUGAAGUGGAGAAACAAACUCAUUGCCUUUAAAAAAUAUGCGUUUUCACCAUGUUUUUAUGAAUAAAAUGUUAUAUAAAUCAGCGUGAAUGAUGUAUGAACAAACCCCACGGUAAAAAUCUUCAGAAUAUAGAUAGAAAUAAAACUGUAAGUUUUGAUGCAUGUAAGUGCUGAAGAAGUGGAGAAAAAACUUUUUAAGAUAUGCAUUUGAAUUGAAAUCUAUUGAAAAAUAGUGCGAUAAACACUUAAAUUUGUAUUUGGAUGUUUUCUUUCCACUAGUCUGGUAGUGUCUUGCCUUAAGAUUUGCCCUUAUUUCACUGACACUGUGCCUCCAGUUUCAUUCAUGCAAAAUACUGUUUUCUUUCUCUUGGUUUUGUUUUGAAAUACAACUGGCUCAUGUUUUGUGUGAUCCAUGCCUAUAUUUUUGAGAAUGAAUAAGGUGAAUUGUUUUGUUUAAUUAGAUCAGCGGGUCAGUGGCGUUUUAAGUGUGAUGUGAUCGUUAAUGGUGACUCUGAGAGAUUCAACAGAGCUCAUCGAGUUCAUUCAGUUUUGUUUUGGACCAGUUGAGGGUUUGAAGUGUUGUGAGUUUGUCAAACAGGAACACAUGAGCGAUCCUUUAUGUUUGUGUGAUGAUGAAUCUGCUCUCAUCUUGCCUUACUCAAUGAAGUUUCAUUCUUCAAACUCUGAUCAUGAGAUGUAGAACUCAAACUUUCUUUGGCAGCUACUCCUUACCACUAACUCAUAAAUCAUUGCUUUACUUCCAGGAGCUUGUUUCUCAUGUGACUUAUGGAUUACAUAUUUCAUGCGCUGAUUUUAAGCAUUCGAGGUAGCACAGGAAGGUGUUUUUUCUAAAGCGUGUUCGUGUGCUUUUAUACAGUACAGUUAAGAGUAGAAAAGGCAGGUGUUAUAGGAUAUAUAUAUAUAAGUCUGUUUUCUAGGGAAGAUUUUUUCCACCACGGAAUAAAAAUAAUAAAUAAGGUUAUUUUGUUCAAUUCUGAGAAAAAAAAGUCAGAAAUUCAGAAAGGUCUGGAUUGCAAGAGAUUGCCAGUUAAAUUGCAAAUUAGAGUUUACAACUCGCAUUAAAAAAAAAAACAGAGAUUAACUCUAUUCUAUAAAGAAAUGUCUGAAUUGCGAGAUUAUAGCUUUCAGUAAAGAUAGAAAUGUUUACUCGCAAUUCUAAGAAGAAAAUAUUUACAUUUUACAUAGUUUACGUCUCACGAUCCAGACUUAAUUUGCAAUUCUGAUAUGAAAAGUUAAAAUUGUAAGAAGAUAAAAAAGUUGCAAUUGUGUUUUUAUUUCGUUAAAUCUAUGGCUUCCAUAGUUUUCAUGUGUUGGUGGUGUUUCCUGACACUGAUUGCCUUGUGUUAAUGGCAGUCUAAGCUUUUUUUUGUAAAAACGAUCAAACAAACCGAAAACCUUUUGUAAGCCAGCAGUUUUGAUAAAGCUUUCCACGUGUUUUGCUGUGUGAUCGUCUCUUGCAGCAUCUGUUUACUGCUGAUUUCUGCAGAUUUGAUUCAGAGCACAUUAAACAUCAGGAAGCAGCAUUAAAGAAUGUUUGUGAAUCAUUUCAAAGCCAAAAGGGCUUCAAAUGUGACGUCUCCUAAAGACGAACCUCUUAUUCUGAACUGUAAUCUGAAUUUAGAGUCCAUCAUCUGAUUCUGGCAGAAGUUUUUGUCUUUGUGUUGCUCUUAUUACUUAUUUUUGUUCUUUCUGUCUUUUGAAAGUAAAAUAAUAUGCCGUUUUUUUGUAUGAAGAUGUUGAUUUAUUUUUUAUUUUUUUGUGUGUUUUUCUUUGUGGUUCAUUAGAUAAUCCUCACAAUUUACGGUUGUGAGUACAGACGGAUAGACGUGCGAAUAGAGCAGAAAUGUGAAGGGUUUUUUUUGUCAUAACCGCUCAAUCCUGUUCAUCUGUGUGCUUUUACAUGAAUACAGCAUUAGAACAUCAGUAACAUACUGAUUCAGAUCAUCUAUCAAACAAGAUACGAAUAAACAUUUCUCAGCUGUACAAAACCAAAGCUGUGGCUAAAUGUUCACUUUAUAAAUUUACUAAUGCUUUGUUUUUUUAAGAUGUUUUUUUAAUAAUUAUUUCCCAUUUUUACAUUUUAAGACAUGUUUUACUGAAUACACUGUCAAAUGUUUUUUUUUUCAUGUCACAAAGUUAUUAAAAUAAUUGUAAUUGUCAA